UUGUGGUUUUUUGUUUUGAUUAAACUUCGACUUUCAUUAAUAAUUAACAUAAAUAAGCUAAAAUAAAUGCCGAUUAUAUUAAUAGGUUAUGUUUUGGUUCUGAUCAAAGGCUUUAAAAACCUUAUUUUUGUCUCAGUCAGGAGCUUAAAAACUUUGUUUUUACUGUAUUGAAAUGCAAAUAUACACUAAUAAUAAUUAUAUAUUAUGUUGUUUAAGAUUUCCGUUUAAAAUUUCCUGUUUUUAACGCAAAUUGUCGUAAAUACAACAAGUCGAUCUAUAGCUUAAAGUCACUAAUGUCAGAAGUCAAACUUGGUAUUUUGUUUUAUUUUUCUAAUCGAAAUGACGAAGAAAUCGCAUCAUGCGGUCUAACUUUUUAUUUAUAGAAGCAUAAUCGUCUACACUAUCCUCUUCUUUUUCUUUUCCUCGAAGGUUCGUACUAGAUUCACCAAACGAGUAGGUGAGCUCACACCUGGCAAAAUUUCUAACAUUGUCCCUAGCAAGAGCAGAAUCUGAGAUUAGGGCUUAGGGCGAAGGCGACUGUUUACCGUUUGAUCCGUAGGAUUGGGUAUAUAGUUACCAGCUACGUCAUAAGUGCUGAAAAUGUAAGAACAUAAAUGGAAUUAUAAACUAUGUAAUCCAAAUUGCCAACUGCUCGAGCAGUUAAGCCAACUGCAACGAUAGUUAUCAAUGACAGCUUCAAGCUGGUGACUAUGAGUACAAUAGAGGUCUGUGUAUAUUGAUCACUGGCGAAAUGCUCUUACACAUCUUGGACAAAGGGUUUGGUGAUGCCCCGGAAACCUUUCUAGUAUUACUAGAACCGGCCACCACAUACUCAACCGGGAAUGAUGCGGUUUUGCUAUAUAAGUGUCGGUUACGAAAAUUGCUGUUCAUCAUAAAUAUUUACACUAUUAAUUUUAACUAACAUCGCAAAGCUUAGUUAACUAAAUUUUUAAUUUUUUGGUUGGUAAAUUUACGUCAACGUCAUAUGAACGCAAAAGCGUCAAAGCGAAAUUUUGACGGAAUACAUAGUAACAGAAAUAGACUUAAAUAAAAAUGUAUUAUUAUUAAUUAAUUACCUAUAAAAUGUAAUCCAAAAAAGUGUUAAUCUAAGUUAAACCGAAAUAUAUUACGUGUUAUUGAAUAAAAAGCUAGAAUAUAAAUUGUCAAACUUAACCUAAAAAACAGCUAAAGAUAUAUUUUUGUUUGACUUCGUUCUGUUGAGUUGUUGUGACGAUAUGGCACUUCAGCUGUCCCGUCGCGAGGUAGAGGAACUCCGGUCAUCAAUAGACCGUGCCAUAUACAGGACUAUAGGAAAAUCGGAUAACUCAAUUCUAUCGACUGUUUCGUCGUGUUUGACGAACGGAUAUGAACGUAGAAAAAUUAUUGACCGACUUUCAUCGCACAUAGACUCCAAAAAGGCAAGCAAACUAACCGAUAAGGUCAUAGCAUUGGCCCAGGAACUGAUAACGUCAUCAAAAACUUCAUCGAAAAGGAAACAUGAGAGUGACAGAGAUAGAGAUGGUAAGAGAUCUCGGUACGAAGGUUCAAAGCAAGAUGAGAAAGUUUAUGUGGAGAAAAAAGAUGUGGAGGAAAAGAAUGGAACUGAUGAUCUUCCCGCUAUUCCCGAAGGAGAGACUCCAGGAUCGAAGAUGGCUAUCCUGAGUGCAGACAGGAUUAAGUUAAUGAUGGCCAACGCUCAGAAAGAGAUAGAGGAACGCAAGAGAGCUCUUCAAGUGCUGAAGGGGGUUGAGACCAAACCGAGUGUUAAUGCUGCGGUGGCUGCGGCCCAACACCUGAAAGUGCAGAUGCAGCAGAACAAUGCAAUACCCCCACCGAGUGUAAUCAAACCUGUACUGUAUUCAAAACCUGAAACUUUGCCGUUAUCACGCGAAGAAUUGGAGAAGCAAAGGAAGAUAGCUGAGCUGCAAGCGAGGAUACAGCGGAAACUUGCAGGGGGUGCCUUAUCAUCGACGCCGGGGUCGGGACCUGCCCCCCUGAUCUUGGACCGUGAGGGUCGCACCGUGGACACCACGGGCAGGAUAGUUCAACUCACCCACGUGGCGCCCACGCUUCAGGCGAACAUAAGAGCGAAGAGACGUGAGGAGUUCAAAGCUCAGUUGUCCGGUCCCACUGAGGAGGUGGGUCCGGAGUCGUCCCGCUGGGUGGACCCGCGCGUGUCCUCGCGCCCCCACGCGCGCGCCAAGCGGCCCCUGCGCUUCCACGAGCCCGGCAAGUUCCGCCAGAUGGCUGAACGGCUAAGGAUGAAGGCGCAACUGGAGAAGCUGCAGAACGAGAUAUCCCAGAUAGCGCGGAAGACCGGCAUCUCGUCCGCCACCAGGUUAGCGCUGCUGGCGGCCGACGCGCCCGACGCCGACGGACCCCCCGACGUGGAAUGGUGGGACAGCGUGAUCCUGAUGACGGCGGACGAGCGGGAGACGAAGCGGCGCGGGGCCGGCGCUGAUGGGCGCACGGACGAGCAGCGCGUGGACGCCUGCAACACGGGCGAGGACGACAUAGUGGACAACAUCAACGAGGAGGCCAUCACCAACCUCGUGGAGCACCCGCAGCAGCUCAGGCCGCCCACGGAACCUCUCAAGCCGACGUUCAUGCCGGUCUUCCUGACGAAGAAGGAGAGGAAGAAACUGCGACGCCAGAGCAGACGGGAGGCUUGGAAGGAGGAGCAGGAGAAGGUCAGACUCGGACUGGAAGCGCCACCAGAACCAAAGCUCAGGAUCUCGAAUCUGAUGCGAGCUUUAGGCACCGAAGCGGUGCAGGACCCCACGGCGAUCGAGGCCAAGGUCAGGGAGCAGAUUGCGAAGAGACAGAAGACGCAUCUGGAAGCGAACAAGGCGAGAGCUCUCACCAAGGAACAGAAGAGGGAGAAGGUUGACCGCAAGCUGCAGGAAGACACGUCGGCCGGCGUCCACGUGGCCGUGUACAGGAUCCGUGAUCUGUUCGAGUGCGCGUCGGCCAAGUUCAAGGUCGAGGUGAACGCCCAGCAGCUGCACAUGAGCGGCUGCGUGCUGCUGCACCGGGGCUGCUGCGUGGUCGUGGCCGAGGGGGGCCCCCGCCAGCACGCCAAGUACAAGCGGUUGAUGCUGCACCGCAUUAAGUGGGAGGAGGACACCGUUAAGGACGCCGAAGGCUGCGACGUGCCCAACUCCUGUCACCUGGUCUGGGAGGGCACCACCAAACAAAGGGCCUUCGGGGAGAUCAAGUUUAAGGUGGUACCGACAGAGAAACAAGCGCGCGAGCAUUUCCAAAAACACGGCGUCGAACAUUACUGGGACCUGGCGUACAGCAGUGCGGUCCUCGGACCCACUAUAGAGGAGCCGUGAAAAUUGAUGAAUAAUAAAUAAGUUUAAUAAAGAAA